AUGUCGGAUCUGGAAAAAGCUUUCCGCAGAUUUGCUGUGUAUGGAGACACAGCCGCCACUGGCAACGACAUGACCGGCAAGAACUUCUCCAAGAUGUUGAAGGAGUGUGGCGUGAUGGACGGAAAGUUUGUGACCAGCACUGACGUGGACAUCGUCUUCAACAAAGUCAAGACCAAGGGCGCCCGCAACAUGACAUUUUCAGAGUUCCAGGAAGCCAUAAAGGAGCUGAGUGUGAAGCGCUUCAAAGGGAAGUCAGCUGAGGAGGCUUUGCAGGCCACAAACAAGCUGAUGGAGGGCAAAGAGCCGGUCAGCAUGGGGGCAACGAAAUCUAUUGCGGCUGGCGCAGUGGAGAGACUGACGGACACCAGCAAAUACACAGGCUCCCACAAGGAACGUUUUGAUGAAAACGGCAAGGGCAAAGGGAUAGCUGGACGGGCAGACCUGGCUGACAACACCGGCUAUGUUGGUGCCUACAAGGGGUCUGGAACCUACGACAAGUCCCACUAG